AUGGCAACAACAACAUCCGUCUCCAACUCGACUCUCGACCGCCACAAUUCGCGACGAUCACAACCACAGUCCACGCCCACCAGAACGCAGUCAUCACGAUCGAAGACCGCCGUCCCGCCCAGCCCCCAGCGCGCGCAGUCGAGCCACCAUCGAACUUCAUCGCGCCACGGAGCUGGACCAGAACGACCGCCGCAUGCUGAUUACGAACACGCACGACGACGCAGCUCCAGCAGAGACCAACCCUCGCAGUCGCAAGGAGAGUCUAGCAGCAGAGGCGCGUCGAGUCAUCAUCACCAUCGACAUCAUAGCCAUAGCCGCCAUUCGAGAGACAUGUCGACCGCCGCUGCAAAUGGAGGGGGGCCGGCGCCUGUGGUGACCCCCCAGGAGUCCAGGCAUACAGGAAGAUCAUCCAAAUCACGAACGACCAUACCCGCUCAGACAGGCAAUUGGGUUCUGGGAAAGACAAUUGGUGCUGGAAGUAUGGGGAAGGUCAAGCUGGCCCGGAGACCAGAAGGUGGUGAACAGGUUGCUGUGAAAAUUGUUCCGCGAGGAUCUACUGCGGAAGAAAACCAUAAUCAAAGUCGAGCUGAUAGAGAGCGUGCCGAUCACUCGAAAGAGGUGCGAACAGCACGGGAAGCCGCCAUAGUGACCUUGUUAGACCACCCAUAUAUAUGCGCGAUGCGAGAUGUCGUACGGACCACCUACCACUGGUACAUGCUCUUUGAAUACGUCAAUGGAGGGCAAAUGCUUGACUAUAUUAUCUCUCACGGACGAUUAAAGGAGAAGCAAGCGAGGAAGUUCAGCAGACAGAUCGCCAGUGCUCUGGAUUACUGUCACAGGAAUAGCAUUGUUCACCGUGACCUCAAAAUCGAAAAUAUUCUAAUCAGCAAGACUGGGGAUAUCAAGAUCAUUGAUUUCGGGCUGAGCAAUUUGUUCGCUCCAAGAAGUCAUCUCAAGACCUUUUGCGGCAGUCUCUAUUUUGCAGCGCCCGAAUUAUUGCAAGCAAAAGCUUACACUGGCCCAGAAGUAGAUGUAUGGAGUUUUGGAAUUGUUCUCUAUGUUCUAGUCUGCGGAAAGGUUCCUUUUGAUGAUCAGAGCAUGCCAGCGUUGCAUGCCAAAAUCAAGAAAGGUUUGGUGGAUUAUCCUAAUUGGUUAUCUGUUGAAUGUAAGAAUCUCAUCUCUCGAAUGCUCGUAACCGAUCCGAAGCAGCGUGCCAGCCUCCAGGAGAUAAUGAAUCACCCAUGGAUGAUUAAAGGAUUUGGCGCGCCACCAGAGAACUACCUACCAACCAGAGACCCAAUUCAAAUGCCUCUAGACCCUGCUGUUAUACAAGCCAUGACAGGUUUCGACUUUGGCCCUCCCGAGCUUAUCGAAGCUCAGUUAACUGAGGUUAUUGAGUCACCAGAGUACCAGAGAGCUAUCAAGCUGGCUGCUCAAGAACGAGAGAUGCAGGGACCACCAAGAGAAAAUGAGAAGAAGAGAGGGUUUGGAUUUGAUUUCUAUAAGAGGAGAGGUUCGACCACGAGCCGUGAUACUCUCACUGCACCAAGUUCGGAGGGCUUGGCUCUUGGAAACGAUCCAGUCAACGCCUACCACCCUCUCAUAUCGGUGUAUUAUCUUGUCAGAGAGAAGCAGGAUCGCGAUCGACUUGCUGCGAAUCCUGGAGCAACGAGCAUGCCUCGUGUACCGGGAGAAGCCCCACUUCAGGUGCCAGAAUUGUCGGCACCCAAGGCUGCGUAUACGAAUUCUGCAGCAUACGAAAUGCCCGGUGAAAAAGCAACAGGAGGGCGGUCAAGACCACGUGCACGUACCCAUGGGGAAGACGAGGUCACAGAGGGUAUGAAGAAUUUGAGGGUAGCUGGGACGUCGAGCGGACAGAAUUCUCCUGCCAUUAUCGAACCUAAUCCUGAACCCACCCAUCACCGAAAAGAGAGCACUGCAGCAGGAAUACUACGAAGAUUCAGCACCCGGAGGCGUAAGGAGACGUCUGAAAAGAAUUUUGAUAGAAGUCACCCACCCCAAGUUCAUGUACAACAGCCACACGAGCAAAGCACAUUGCGCAAGAGCUUCAGCGUCCGACGGACCCGCGAGCGUGAUAAUGAGGGCCCACCCUCUUCAAUCCUACGUUCUGGAAGCAGCCAACCGCAACAUAGCGACCUUCUCUCGCCUCCCAGGUCGGCAGAUAACAAUGCACGUAAUGCGAAGGGAUUAGGAAGAUCAACGAGUGUGAAUUCCGCAGAGUUUCGGAAAAAGGAGAGUAGAAGGGGUGCCUCAGAAGGGGUCCCUCCACCACCCAGAGUUACAUACAAGGAGCCACCGCCUACGAGUGGAUCAGAUCAUUCGACAACCAACGAAAAGCCUGAUGACAAGACUUUACGCGAUGGAGAGCCUAAGUCGGCUGGCCACUUGAAUCCGAAAUCUGCCACGAUGAGAGCAAAAUCACUUGGCCAUGCACGUCGGGAAAGCAUUCAGGCUCGGCGUGCUCGCCGUGAAGAGGCCCGGGAAGCAAAUGUUCCUGAGGAGACAGAUAUGGACGCUGGGGAUGCUAGUGGAUUGUCAACUGAGCGAGUGGAUUCGGCCGAAAAUGCCAAGCCGGUCUUCCUCAAAGGGCUAUUCAGUGUUUCGACAACUUCAACAAAACCGCUAAGUUUCAUUCGAUCCGACAUAAUAAGAGUUCUUAGACAGCUGAAUGUGGAAUUCAAUGAGAUUCGUGGAGGUUUCAGUUGCAGGCACAUGCCUUCAAUUGACCUGAAGAAAGUUGUGGAUAUACCUCCUAGCAGUCAUGGAAAUCAAACACCUGGCCAUCGUCGUCGGAUAAGUUUUGGUGGGUUUAUGAGUGGAAACAAUAACAGCAAUAGUAUCGACAGAGAGCGCGAGGACUUUAGAGAAUCUCCAAACACUCCAAGGACGCCCGCCAGACACCGCAACGAUACCAGUUACACAAAUUCGGAUGCAUCUGAUGAGAGUGUUGGGCGUAACAAUCAUGGCUCUUCCGCUCGAGCAGUUGGAGAAACAAGCACGCACGUACAAAGCGAACUUGGUGGCAGCAUGAUUCUGGAAUUCGAAAUUUUUAUCGUCAAAGUACCAUUACUCACGCUUCACGGCAUCCAAUUCAAACGACUUGCUGGUGGAACUUGGCAAUACAAGAACAUGGCUGAUCAAAUCCUCCGAGAGCUCAGACUUUGA